AUGGCGGAGUACUUUGCCCGAUUGCAUCGAAAUGGCUCACCUAUUAAUUGUGAAGUCGAGCCACACGACGAGGCGUGCAUUGCUGGGUCACGACAAGCUGCUUGGCUGUCGAGUGUAUUUUCGGCUGCAGGCUGUAUGGGAAAUUUGGUUCUGUCGCCUAUGAUUGGUCAAGCUUCAGAUGUCUAUGGACGCAAGCCAUUUUUGGUACUCAAUCAGGUAUUGAGGCUGGGCUUUCCUUUCUCUGUCAUGUACUUUAUGCAGUCAGAAGGCUCCAUUACACCAUAUUUUUUGCUACGACUUGUCGACUCAAGCUUUGGGGUGGCUGGUGUCACGAGCGCUGCCAUCGCUGAUAUUGUCGCUCCUGAAGACCGAGCAGCUGCGUUUGGAAUUCUUUUUGCAAGUCUGUCUGUCGGCUACUGUACUAGUGCAUUUGCUGCGCCAUUUUUUUCAAGGGAGCACAUCCUUCAGGUCGCAGCUGUUCUCUUCGUGCUACGAGUUUUGUGUGCAAUCUUUAUUUUACCCGAGACACUUUCGCCUACAUUGCGCAUGAGUAGAGCCCACUGGGUCAUGGAGAAUCCAAUCAGCUUAAUGACAAUUCUUUUUCGAGACCAAUUAUUUAUGCGGUUAACCUGCUUGAUUGCGCUGACAAGUUUUGUCAUGAAUGGAGUUUUGCAGAUUCAUUAUUUUUUUCUCAAUAGCAUCGUCGGGUUUGAUGCGAGUGACUUUAGUAGGUUAAUGCUUCUAGCUGGCAUUUUAGCAUUGUUGGGUCAGUUUUUGCUGCUCAAACCUCUCGUGAGUUGCGUUGGAGAAAAGGGCGUUAUUGUCGUCGCUUUAGUUGCCAGCACAGUUGGAACGUGUGGCUAUGCACUUACUGCAUAUUAUCCUUUCAAAUGGCUAGUAUACGCGCUGAGCGUACCUGGAUGCAUAAGCGAUCUUUCUUUUCCAGCGAUUUCGGCGCUGAAGUCAAUAAACGCUUCGGCAAAGGAGCAAGGGCGUUUGCAAGGAGCAAUCUACGGUGCUCGCUCGAUUUUUGAAGCGCUAGGGCCGGUGGUAUUUGCGUCAUUAUACGGAGCUAUGACGCGCCAAUCACUUUGGUCGCAAGCUCUUCCAUAUGUAGUGGCUUCGGUUCUUUAUUUUGUGGGAAUUGGACUGGCUCUAUCACUGCCAAUUGGAAAGAGUUCUUGUGUAGAGAAUACUAUCGCUGGUGCUUCUUCAAUGCCGCCAAGGUGUGGGAAAUCGCUUGGAUCCAUGUAUUUUAAGAUUGAAGACGACGACGAAGAGAUGGAACAAAAAGAUGAUUGGAGUGGAGCGGCUGAUGCACGUAUUUAUAACAUUGGUGACGAAAUUCUCGCAGAGCCACUGCUUGGGUCGACGCCUUGA